AUGGCCUCUAGCUCGGGGGAAGACCUCUGGUGUCCCGUUUGCCACGACAUUUUCAGAGACCCGGUCAUCCUGUCGUGCAGCCACAGCUUCUGCCGGGCCUGCAUCCAGUCGUGGUGGGCGGAGAAGGAAACACGACCGUGUCCAUGCUGCAAGAGGAAGUCAUCAAGGACCGACCCUCCUCGCAACCUGGCGCUGAAGAACCUGUGCGAGGCCUUUCCGCGGGACGAGGAGCGGCGGGCGGCAGCAGGGUCCGAGCACAUGUGCAGCCUGCAUGGUGAGAAGCUCAAGAUCUUCUGCCUGGACCACCAGGAGCCGGUCUGCGUGGUCUGCCGGGACUCCAGGACUCACAGCAACCACCGGUUCAGACCCAUCAACGAGGCGGCCCAGGACCUCCGCCAGGGGCUGCAGAGAGGCCUGACCCCCCUCCGGGAGAAGCUGACGCUCUUCCAGCAGGUGAGGCGGGACUGCAUCCACACGGCAGACUACCUCCCGGUCCAGGCCCGGGACACCGAGAACAAGAUCCGGCAGCAGUUUCAGAAGCUUCACCAGUUCCUGGAAGAGGAAGAGAAGGCGAGGAUGGAGGCGCUGAGGGAGGAGGAGGAGCAGAAGAGUCGGGCGGUGCAGGAGAAGAUGGAGGCUCUCACCCGGGACGUGGAUGCUCUUUCAGACACGAUCAGAGCGACGGAGACGGAGCUGAGAGCCGGAGACGUCUCGCUGCUGCUCAACCACAAGGUGCUGAUCCGGAGAGUCAAGCAGGGCCCGGUUCUGAAAGACCCGGAGCUGGUUUCAGGGGCUUUGAUAGAUGUGGCCAAACAUCUGGGCAACCUGACCUUCAACCUCUGGAAGAAGAUGAGCCACAUGGUGCGCUACAGUCCCGUGAUCCUGGAUCCAAACACCGCUGACCCAGAGCUCGUCGUGUCGGAUGACUUGCUGAGCGUCACAUUCGGGGGGUCGCGAGAGCUGCCGAACAACCCGGAGAGGACCAGGUUCCCCGGCACCGUCCUGGGCUCCGAAGGGGUGAAGUCAGGGAUUCACGUAUGGAAGGUGGAUGUUGGAUGCAACGCUGACUGGGAGGUGGGAAUGCUGGAAGCCGAUGGUGGCGACCCAGCGAAGCAGCGGCGGUGGAGGAUUUCACUCAAGGAUGGUAGAUACAAGGCGUUGGCUGGAUCGGGCUCAGGGCAAGACCUGCAGGGGGUGACGCCCCAGAAGAUCACGGUUUAUCUGGACUUCGACGAGGGGAUGCUGAUAAUCGGGGACGAGGGAAUACAACAUAAUUCUGAUUCUGAUUCUGAAGAAGUCUUCAAAAUCUUCACGCACAAGUUCACGGGUGCGCUAUUUCCUUACGUGUACACUCAGAGCUCAGACCCACUAGAGAUCAUGUCAUUCGAGGUUUCCGUGACGACACCGAGUUGGUUAGAUGAGGACGAGUGACCAGACCCUGAACCCUGAGGCGAGUCAACAUCCCCUGGAAGAUCGUAUCAUCGUCCGCCUUGUUUGCAUUUGACAUUCUUGUCGGACUUGUGGACUUGUGGACUCUGACUGGGACUCGUUCAGCUCCAGCGUGUCUCGGCGUUUCAGUUCCAGAUUAAAAUGUUGGCUGAUCUGUGAAUGUGAAU